CGUACCGAUCCACUCUCAAGACUAAACAAAUCUCAUGAUUCUUUUGAGACUAUUAAGCAGCGAAUUGAUUUCAGCGAGGAUGGCGGAGUCACAACCACUGAACACAAAGGCAGCUGCACCCACUGAAGAAGCACCCACUGAAGAAAUAAUUGACGAUGAUGAUACUAAUCAAGAGAUUAAUAAUUCGGUAUCUGUCAGCGCUUUAUUGUCUAGACUGGAUACUGUCAGGGGCUACAUAGAAGAUGCUGAAGAGCUUUAUGAGCAAUUACAGGAUCAGUCUGACAAUGAGGAGCAAAUGGAGAGGGUAUCUGAGUUAAUAAGACAGCUAAAAACACAAGAAUUGAAUUAUCUGCAAGUUUUAUUAAAAGUCAUGGAAGAUAAUGAUGAAGAUGAUGACGAUGUUGAUGAAGAGAUCUCUAAAGAAAAUGAAAGUCUGAGUUUGCGUGAUGAAAUAAAUAAAGAGGAGGAGGAAGAGGAAGGAGAAGAGCUAGUUGACGAUGACGAUGAAGAAUUCGAUUUGCUAGCGCUACAAGAGCAGCAUCAAUUAUUAAAAAAACUUCUUGAACAGCAACAACAGAUGGAGUUGUUGCAUGCUAAGCAGGCGCAGUUAUUAUCGAUGAAGAAAGAGGCAGAGGAAAGGCUGGCUGCAGUUAUGAUAGAGAAGGAGAGUCUUAACACUACCACUACAUCACAGAAGGAAGAGGAGAUAGAAGAAGAGACAUCAGUGAAUAUUGAGGAGUUGGAUAUCAUCCAACAACUGGAUGAAAUGAAAGAAAAGAGGGCUCAAGUGGAGAAGUUGUUAUUACAAAUACAAUCAAUAAAAAAUAGUGGUGGUGAAGGUGAUAUAGUACCUGUGAGUGUUUCUGAUGCUGAUGGAACAUCAGAACGAGUAGAGCCUGAAGAUACUAGCGAAAAAACAAAAGUAUUUGAUGAUGUCAAAAGUAACCUAAGGAGCAUGCAUGAUCAACUAUUGAAGAUUGAGAGUGCCCCUAACCUCAAAGCUACCCCCGGCCCUGGGACUGGGACUGACCCAAUAAAGAGAGCUGCCAGUGGACCAGAAGUUAGUGCCAAUGAAGAGCUAAAGAGAAAAAGAAACGAAUUAAAGAACUUGGAAAAAAUGCUCAAUGAAUUACAGAGUUUAACUAGUGAUAAAGUGGGAGAUGUUAGUAUCCAAAGGAAACUUGAAAACGAGCUAAUACGUCAAAAGCAGCUUUAUACUACUUUAUUGAAGAAGACAUCUCAACUGCAGCAACUGCAAAAGGAUAUUGAAAAACUAAGUCGAGGAUCAGAUCAGGAAAGUGGAGUUGUUGAUACUACUGCUGGUACAUGGGGUGGAUCCAGUGAGGACGAAAUUGAGCAGUCAACAGCAACAAUCGAGAACAAAGCUAAGACUAAUGAUGGUCAGUUGUUUAACUACAGCGUUCACAAACACUCUUCAAAACUCCCCCAACCAACCAUGGCCAAUGAUAAUACUAAUAGCCAGGAUGAGUUUUUAAGAGAUCAGCUUAGAAAGAGCACUGAUAUGUGUGGCCAGUUGAUGGACCAGCAGUCUUUAUUGUUGAAUACAUUACAUCAAAGGCUGGACUCACUUCCUUACAUACAGGAACAAAUGAGCCAGUUACAGCAAUACCAUAGCUAUUUACAGGGUUAUAAUGAGUACCUCAAUAAUGCUUACUGGCAAGUAUGCAGUGAAGCUACAGGUCACAUGAACAGCUCUACUCUUAAAGAGGAAAAUGAGACUACUGCUAACAGUAGCUUUCAGGAAGGUGUUAUCCCUCCUCCCCCGGCUCCAUUCCCUCCCAUGAAUCAAUAUGCAGGUGCUACUCCCUUUAGCCCGUUCGCCCGACCCACCAAUCCUCACCUACAGUACACUCCAUUAUUUAAACAACAAGAUGUGCCCCCAUCUGUUAGUGCAUCAGGAAAACAAGUUCAAUUUGAAGGACUGAGAGAUGUCAUUUAUUCUGAGGUUGCAGCUCUCAUCGCUCAAAAUGAAGAAAGACCACACUAUCUGAUAGAGUUAUUUGGUAAAUUGCAGCUACUGAACACUGAUUAUUUAAGACAGAGAGGGUUGUAUGCUAUACAGGAUAUUACCAGUCGAUUCUUAACUGAAGUCAAUCAAGGGAAGGCAAGCAAACGAAGCAACAGUGCAAAAUUUGAUUAUGUUGAGAAAGUUGAUUCAGCCAGUUCACUCUCCACUCCUCCUCCUCCUCCUAAUAAUAAUAACAACAACAAUGAAGACAUGGAAGAGCCAUUACAUAAUGUGGUGGUUGUUGAUCCAUUGAAUGUGAUGGUAUCUGGUGGAUCCAGUGACAUAAACAGCUUAAUGGAUGAUAAAAUUAAGAUAAUAAUGACUGAAGUUAUUCCUUUGCUGAAGGAUCAUUUGAAUACAAUUUGUAAUGUCGAGCUAUUGCAGUAUAUCCAGGAGUCCAUAUUGAACAUUGUUAUCAAGAGCGACAAGGAGCUUAAUGAAGAUGAAAGUGGCGGUGGACAGUUAAAGAAUAUGUUCCUGAAACAAAUUGAAAUCAGUUUGAGUUCUGCCAUAGGAAAGUACAUCAAUAAAAGGUUGGGUGAUAUCGGGGAAGAUUUGUUGGUGGAUGUUAGCGAAAUUUUAUUCAACGAAUUGUCCUACUAUCAGCUACUAAAAGAACAGGAUGAUCUACCAGUUGAAUGGAAACCUCUACCAAUAUCACCCAAAAAGCCAGCCUCUACUGUCUUGCAUGGCAUCAGUUUAUCUCAGUGUGAAGAGGAAGAGAAAGAGAAACUUGGAAAUACAAGAGAUGAUGAAUUAGCUAAAUCAUGGCAUCAACCUAUGACAGAUGAAGGCAAUGGUGCUAAGAUAAAUGGCAUAUCUGAUGAGGUUGAGGGCAAUCCUGUGACUAAUAGUUCAGAAACUUAGUUAAAUAUCAAAAGAGAAAGAUUAAAAACUAUGAAGUACAUAAAGCCAUCACUUAAACACUUUAUAUAGAUAGAUAUCUUGUUUUUUCACAUUAGUUUAAAGUACAUGUACUUGUUUAAUUAUUACUUUAUAAAUGUUCAGAGCUAAUAAAGCUAUUUUGA